ACCUUUCUCGCUCUCUAUCGCUGAAGCUUGAGCCAGUCGACAUGCAGAUCUUCGUGAAAACUCUAACUGGGAAGACUAUCACUCUCGAAGUCGAGAGCAGUGAUACGAUCGACAAUGUUAAGGCCAAAAUUCAGGAUAAGGAGGGAAUCCCCCCUGAUCAGCAACGAUUGAUAUUUGCCGGGAAACAGCUGGAAGAUGGUCGAACUCUUGCAGAUUACAACAUCCAGAAGGAGUCAACCCUUCACUUGGUUUUGAGGCUUAGAGGUGGAACCAUGAUCAAGGUGAAGACCCUUACUGGAAAGGAAAUUGAGAUUGAUAUUGAACCGACUGAUACCAUUGAACGGAUCAAGGAGAGAGUCGAGGAGAAAGAAGGGAUUCCCCCAGUGCAACAAAGGCUCAUUUAUGCUGGAAAGCAGCUCGCAGAUGAUAAAACUGCCAAGGACUACAACAUUGAGGGUGGCUCUGUUCUUCAUCUCGUGCUUGCUCUUAGAGGCGGUUCUCUCUGAUUUUUUUUUUCUUUUCUCGUACAUAGCAUCCAAACUAUUGAAAUUUUCAUUUUAAUCCUGUGAAGAUUUGAGUAUGUAGAUCCUAUGUUGUGUAAAAACACUUUGAGAUCUUAAAUGAAAACAGAUUAAGAGAACAUUAUGUUGCUUUAA